GUUUGGUCCUUUUUACAACCUUCUGACCGACUUCAUAUUCAACAUACGACAUACAACACGCAACCAAUCCUAACAGAUUUCAUCAUAGCUCCAUCAAAACAUCAACCCAUCUAAACAAUCACCAAACUUUUAUUCCAAUGACAGAAUCAACUCCAACAGAUAUUUUAAAUAUGUCUACAAUCGCAUCAGCCGUCGCAUCAGCUGCUGUUUCUGCUGCUGCGACUCCUCAGUCUCUACCUCCCAUGGAUGCCGAAGAACGCGACAAGUCCCUUCAUGUGUCUCUUGCCGACUUGACCGCCAAAGCCAACGCGCUAUACGCACAAAAGAAGUAUGAGGAUGCUGCCGAAGUUUUCUCUCAGGCUACCGAGAUGCAAGCCGAAAUCAAUGGCGAAAUGGCAGCCGAGAACGCCGAUAUCUUGUUUCUUUACGGUCGAAGUCUAUUUAAGGUCGGUCAGAGCAAAAGUGACGUCCUAGGCGGCAAGCCUACCGGCGAGAAGAAAUCAAAUGGUGCCGCAGACAAGAAGCCAAAAGCAAAGAAAUCGCAAGCUGAAUCAUUGCCUACCAUUGCUGAGAAGGCGACCGGGAAUGGUUCAGAGAAUAACGAGAAGACUUCCGACUCGAAAAAGCCCCUCUUUCAAUUCACUGGAGACGAGAACUUUGAAGACUCUGACGAGGAGGAAGAGGAGGAGGCCGAAGGCGAGGAAGAGGAAGAAGAUGACGAUCUCGCUGUCGCAUUUGAGAUUCUUGAUCUAGCACGCGUACUUUUUGAGAAGUCCUUGACAUCAAAUGAGGAAGAUAUCUCAGAAGAGAAGGGAAAAGAGACGGCUGAAGACAGUCCUGCCACCAGGCACAUCAAAGAGCGCCUCGCCGACACUCACGAUCUCCUAGCAGAGAUUUCUCUCGAGAACGAAAAGUAUCCUCUAGCAAUUAACGACUGCCGUGCGUCCCUCAAGUACAAGCAAGAGCUCUAUCCGCGAGAAUCCGAAAUGAUCGCCGAAGCGCAUUUUAAGCUAUCCUUAGCCCUCGAGUUUGCAUCUGUCACUACUACUGCUGAAGAUUCCGUAUCCGGCGCAGCUCCAAAACCAGUCGAUGAGGAACUACGAAAAGAGGCUGCCACCGAACUAGAGAAGGCUAUUACUAGCACGAGACUCAAGCUCGAUGCCAAGGAGGUCGACCUCGCGAUGCUUCACGCACCCGAAGACAAUGACUUGACGCGAAAACAGAUUGCCGAGGUCAAGGAGCUUAUCGCAGACAUGGAGCAACGGCUUAUCGAUCUGCAAAAGCCGCCUAUGGAUGUCAAUGCGGUACUGGCUGGGGAGGAAGCUGUCCGUGGAGUCCUAGGCGCAGCGCUUGGAGAAUCUGGUGCAGACAAGGAAGCUAAGCUCGAGGAGGCCAAGAAGAGCGCUAAGGACGUCACUGGUCUAGUUCGCAAGAAGGCCAAGGAAGAGCCGAUCUCAGAUACCAAGACGAAGGAGACGAAUGGAAAGCGCAAAGCCGAAGAUGAGGCCCCUGGUGAAGAGGACAUCAAAAAGGCCAAAGUCGAGGAGUCCACGGAGGCGUAGGUCACAUCACGAGGACCAACAAGG